AUGAGUAAUCCUGAACUAUCAGAAGAGAGUAGACCACCAAAGUUAUUGUUAGUUUUUAGCAAAUGUUCUGAGUUUAGUGAGAUCGAUUUAGAGAACAAGCAAUCCCCAAAAAUACUAAAAUUAAGAAAAUUAAAUUCCGCUAUUGAAUACAACGAUUAAUUACAUAUGGUGAUCAAUAAAUAAAUAGAUAUUGAUGAAAAGAAAGUAGAAAGUCCAAAAAAUGAAAUUGCAAAAUGGUAACCAUGCAGUUGUACUAAAACUAAUUGUCUUAAAAUGUAUUGUUCGUGCUUUCACAAUGGCCAAACUUGUGUGGAAUCUUGCAAAUGUGAAGAUUGUAAGAACACUAAUAAUAAUGUUCCUUAAAGAGACAAAGCUGUUGAAUACAUUAAGAAAAAGGCUCAUAGGAAUAAAAAAGUGUCUUAAGAGACAUUAUUUGAAACCAAGGAUAUAUGGGGAUGCAAUUGUAAAAAGACCAGAUGCCUAAAAAGAUAUUGUGAAUGCUAUAUAAGAUAGAAGGCUUGUACAGUGGAAUGUAAUUGCACUCAUUGUGAAAAUGGAAAAGAUGAAGACUUAUAUAAUGAAAUAAGAAGACAAAAUGAAUAGCCUAAAUAAUCAAAAAGACAGAGAUCUGGACGUUUGUAUAACAAUUGA